AUGGAACUAGAAAUCCACGCCUCUUCCAGCGAUCUGGAGGACAACUUCGUCCCGCCAACACCCGACACCCAGGGCCCUCCGCCGGGCGAAAAUAAUCCUUAUCGUUCCCCUCGCCGCCAGCGUAGGGAACCCAGGACACAGGGUCGCAGAAGGUGCUCCUCUCCUGCCCCCGUGCGGGGCAGUAUUUCCCGCUCAGCAGCCUCAACUCGCGGCAGCACCAGGACCCAGCGCCAGCAAGCAUCAAAAACCCUGUCAUUUCCCGAGUUCACCGUAGCGUUUACUUACUACACGGAAGUCAUCUGUUUCGCGUUCCCCAGCCGACGCAAAGAGCUGAACGACUACCUGGCCAUCAUCGCCGGUCUAGCUGAGAAGCCAGGGAAGAGGACGAGCGUUCCUGGAAAGGUCGAGAAAUCUGCCGAAAAUUUAACUUCGCUCAGUGUCGCCAAUCCUCCUGCCGUUACCUCCACGUUUGCAGCUACUGCGCAGGCGCCCAUGCCAAAUCCGGAGGUAGUCACCUCACUCCUAAGCAAAGAGGUCGAAUCUGGUUUUAUGAUCGGUCCGUUCACCAAGCCUCCAUUCCCAGUCUACAGGAUCAACCCCAUAGGCGUAGCUACGCGCAAAUACUCAGGGAAAAAGAGACUUAUCAUCGACCUCUCAGCUCCGCACAAUAGUACCACUCCCAGCAUUAACAGUCUGAUUCCACUAGAAGAGUUCUCGCUGCACUACCACUCUGUCGACGACGCUAUCGCUCUGAUCAAAAAGGCAGGUAGACGUUGCUGGCUAGCUAAAGCGGACAUCACCUCAGCCUUCAAAGUCAUGCCCAUUGAUCUCGAAUUCUGGCACCUCUUCGGAGUCAAAUGGCAUAGGAGAUACUAUUUUGCAGUUCGCCUCACAUUCGGCUGCCGCAGCAGUCCCAAAAUUUUCGAUACGCUAUCAGAAGCCCUGUGCUGGAUUCUCCUAAAUAACUAUAAGCUCCCAUUUCUCGUUCAUCUUCUGGACGACUUUCUAGUAGUUAUCCCCCAUUCCUACCCACCGGCCCUAGGCAUCUCUACGCUAAUUGACGUAUUCAACAAACUGGGAGUCCCACUCUCAGAAGAGAAGAUGUGCGGUCCCUUAUCCAGACUCGAAUUCCUCGGCAUCAUUUUAGAUACCGAAGAAUUCUCUUCAUCUCUCCCCAAAGAGAAAAAAGACAGAAUCUCUUUACUGUUGAACGAGUUUAUAACCUCACCAUCUCACACCAAACAAGAAGUUCUCUCCCUUCUAGGCCACCUCAAUUUCGCCAUGCGAAUCAUUCCCCAGGGCCGCCCUUUCAUCUCGCAUCUCCUAAACUGCGCCUCAGCAACCCCAUCUCUCGAAGACGUAGUAUAUCUAGAUGCCCAGUGCCUGGCCGAUCUCAAACUCUGGAGGAUGUUUUUAGACGAAUGGAAUGGUCUGUGCAUGUUCUACGACGACUGCCAAUCAUCUCCAGAAGACCUCCAGUUGUACACAGACGCAGCCCCCUCAAUAGGCUUCGGAGGCUUUUUCAAAGGGCGCUGGUUUGCAUCCCCUUGGCCACUAGAGUUCAGAGAGCUAAUAACGGAAAACGAAUCGUCAGCCGUGUUCGAACUCUACCCCGUAGUCAUUGCGGCCCUACUCUGGGGGAAGGAGUGGACCUCCAAGAGCGUGCUAAUCCACAGCGACAACGAAGCCGUAGUGCACGUCAUAAAUAACUCGCGCUCAAAAUCGCCUGCGCUUUCCCCUCUUAUUAGGCGUCUAAUCUGGAUAGCAGCCAGCUACCAGUUCAUUAUAAGAGCCGCGCACGUCCCCGGCUGCCACAAUGAAAUUGCUGACUCUCUUUCUCGUCUUAAUUUCCAAAGAUUCAGAAGCUUGGCUCCAGAGGCGGACCCGUACCCUACUCCACUCCCCAGCUUUUCGGAGACCAUCUUCCUAUAA